AAGUUAAAAGAUGAAGAAUGUGAAAGGCUUUCUAAAGUGCGAGAUCAACUUGGACAGGAAUUGGAAGAACUUACAGCUAGUCUGUUUGAGGAAGCACACAAAAUGGUUAAAGAAGCAAAUGUCAAACAAGCUGCAGCAGAAAAACAGUUAAAAGAAGCACAAGGAAAGAUUGAUGUUCUCCAGGCUGAAGUAGCAGCACUGAAAACACUAGUACUGUCUACUUCACCAACGUCUCCAACUAAGGAGUUUCAGUCUGGUGGAAAAACUCCUUUUAAGAAAGGCCAUGCAAGAAACAAGAGUACAAGCAGUGCUAUGGGUGGCAGUCAUCAGGACCUUACCAUGAUGCAGCCAAUUGUGAAAGACUGUAAAGAGGCUGACCUGUCUUUGUACAAUGAAUUCAGAUCUUGGAAGGAUGAGCCUACUAUGGACAGAACAUGUCCUUUCUUGGACAAAAUUUAUCGGGAAGAUAUUUUUCCAUGUUUAACCUUCUCAAAAAGUGAGUUGGCCUCAGCUGUUCUGGAAGCUGUUGAAAACAACACUCUGAGCAUUGAACCUGUUGGCUUGCAACCUGUUCGAUUUGUGAAAGCUUCUGCAGUUGAAUGUGGUGGACCAAAGAAAUGUGCUCUCAGUGGACAAAGUAAGUCAUGCAAGCAUAGAAUCAAAUUAGGAGAUUCAAGCAGUUAUUACUACAUCUCUCCGUUCUGUCGUUACAGGAUCACUUCUGUGUGUAACUUCUUUACAUAUAUUCGAUACAUCCAGCAAGGACUGUUGAAGCAGCAAGAUGUGGAUCAGAUGUUCUGGGAAGUUAUGCAGCUGAGACGAGAGAUGUCACUAGCAAAACUUGGCUAUUACAAGGAAGAGCUCUAAAUCUUUUUACUCUUGCGCGUGCAUGAACUUCAUUGAAUAUGCAUAACUAAAAUUGCUGAAUCUUUUUUUGUCACUUGAUAUUUAUUUCCACAAAGUGGGUCCAAGAUCUCUCUCCUUUUGCAAAUGGCACUAAGAAGUACUGUGAUUGUUUUAAACUGACCUAUGCUGUAUAUGCCUACAUAUAAUAUUUAGUUGAACAAAUGUGGUAAACACUUGCAGGUGUAUUAGUGACUGUAAUUUACAUUUAGAAACAAAACUUCUGAUUAAAGUGUUAAUCUGAAACA